UCUGNUUGGCGCCUCCGCCCGCCUUCCCCGGACGCCUCCCUGGAAGGACUGGCUGAAACGGCUCCUGGAUCCAGACGCGUCGAGGCCCAGGAGACAAAAUGUCAUCAAAAAUUUUGCCCGUACCACUGGCUACUGGAGAUAAAGUAAACAAUGAACCAAGCAAAAAGGAGAAGCCGUAUAAGAUCUUUUUCAGAGAUCUCUUUCUUUUCAAAGAAAGUGAAAUCGCAGCAAAGAAACGGGAAAAAUUUUUGAACCGCAGCAGGAAAGUCUACCAAAAGUCUACAUUUUCAUCUCGAAUGAAGAGUCGUUCACACCUGAGCCAAAUAGCGUUUCCCUCUGACACGGGUGGUGCCUCAUUUGACAAGUAUGGGUUCAAUCCCGCACUUAUUCUCAGGUUAACAGAAGGUGCAGACACAAAAAGGACUCUCCAUGAAUUCAUUAGUGACCAGCGAGGCAGGUUUCUGCUCGAGUAUGCUGUGUCCACCAAGAGGAAUACAAUUACCAGGUUUGACAAACACAUGACAACGAAGGAGCAGCAGAUCCUCAAAGCAGAAACAAAGCUCCAGGAGGAUGCCGUGGCCUUCGAAGAGUUCCUCCGCGAAAAUGACCAGAGAUCCGUAGACGCCCUGAAAAUCGCAGCGCAAGAAACCAUCAACAAACUCCAAAUGACAGCUGAGCUCAAGAAAGCGAACAUGGAGGUGCAGGCAGUGAAAAGCGAAAUAUCAAAAACAGAAUUCCUCCUUAGAGAGUACAUUAAAUAUGGGCUUUUUCUGCUGAAAUUGUCUCCAAAACAUUGGCAAAUCCAGCAAGCACUGAAAAGGGUGGAGAGAUCGAAGAGUAAAGAAAAUGUGGAUGUCACUCUUCCAAAAAUAUUAACAAAAUUAAAUUCAAGGAAAAUGGAGGUCAAUACUGAGGACUCCAGGAAGACAUCAUUUUCAGAAGAAAAUUCCCUGGGAAGAAGUAGUCAAGGAAAACUACGCAAGAAGGCCACUCGCACCCUAGAGGGUAACAAGUCAUCCCUGUCAAACCGAUCUGACAGUGUAAGUUCGGAAGAGAGUUUGGAAUUCUUGAUAGAUGAAGAGAUGGACUAUGAUCUGGAGCCAGAGCUUUAUUUCACAGAACCAGAGCAGCUACUUCAAGUCCUCACAGAGCUGGAAGAGCAGAACCUGACCUUGGUACAAUAUUCCCAAGAUGUAGAUGAAAACCUCGAAGAUGUGAACAAAAGAGAAAGACUUAUACAGGAUAAAAUAAAUAGCAACAUAGAUUUCCUUUUGGAACACAAGAAGAUGCUUAAGGCUAGCUGCAUGAGAGAAGAGGAAAAGGCGGCGGAACUGGAAUUAAGGUCCAGGCUCUUUAGUUUUGGAGAAUUUAAUUCAGAUGCCCAGGAAAAACUGAUAGACUCUCUUAGUAAAAAAAUCAACCAAGUAUACAAAGUCUGCAUCGGAGAGAGUGAGGUUGGCAGCCUCAACGCAGUGCAAAAGCUGGUAAAAGUAGAGUCUCGCCUGGUGGAACUGAGCGAUCUUAUUGAAUCCAUUCCCAAAGAAAACGUGGAGGCAAUUGAGAGAAUAAAACAGAAAGAACGACGGCAAAAGUUCCGUGAAGAGAAAAUGAAGGAAAAACAAAGACACCAGGAAGAAAGGCUAAAAGCUGCCCUGGAAAGAGCAGUAGCACAACCAAAGAAAAAGCUGGGAAGACGGCUUGUCUAUCGUUCAAUACCUUCAUUUGAUAACAAACAUGAACUACUUUUAGUCAAAGAUACAAGAACAAGAUCACUAGAGAAUGAAUAUUUUUUCACUUGAAUAGGAGCAGUAAGACAUUUAUUACCACAAUGUUUUAGGCAUAUUUUAUAUAUUCUGGUUUACAGUAAUGGCAAUAUUCUGCCCCAUAUGCUUGCCUAACCAAUUUGAGGAAGACAUGCCCUUGUUCUAACAGCUAUAUAGGACUGGAAAUGGGAGUUACUUUCUUUUGUUGAAGGCUUUUUAUUACCCAUAGCCUAAGUAUUAUUCUGUACAUUAUACAUCUAUACUUUUAAUUGUCCCAGUUGGGGAUACACAUCCAAAGUUACUUUACUGAUGUAACUAUAUGGUUAGUGGCAUUCUCUGACAACAUGAGACUUUAAAUGAUCUUUUUUUUUUUUCAACCACUCUACAGGAAAGUUCAUAGUAUACAUUUUACCACUGUGGAGUAUAUAUUGUAUGUAAUAAAGUACAACACUAAAAUAUCUUAAGGGUUUUGAGUUUAAAACUUAAAUGAAAACCACUAAGUUACGUUCUGAGAACAUAACUGUGAGACUGGAUUUUAACUCCUAUUAAGAAGUACUGUUCAGAAACUUAAUUCUCUUAAGUGAACAGACCAUGUCUUCAUCAACCUAAAUGUCAGUUCACAAUUUCUGUUGUGCUCUGUAUCCAUAAUCGUUUUUAUUUUCAGCUGUUUCAUUUUAGCUAUGCUAUGUGUAUUAUUAUUUAAGCUUACAUUAUAAUUUGUAAUUUGUCCAUUACUAAGUAAUAUAUACUAAUUCUAAGAAAAUAUUUCACUUUAUACAUGUCAGAAAUGGCUCAAAAAUAACUUUAAAAGAAGCAGUUGCUUUUAAAAGGUCUCAGUUAAUAUGUGAUUACAAGGGCUGAAUUUCACCUUCAUAAAUUUUUAUAGAGCAUAUAAAUAAUCUUCCCUUAUAGAAAAAAAUACGAGUAUUGGGUUUAUAAAAAACAAACCAAAAAACCCAACUUGAAUGAAGUU